GCAACAAGCAUCGCAACGCAAGGCAGCGGUCAGCGGCGGCGGCACAAGCUGACCACUCGAUCGAAAGAGCUCGACAGAGAAGAGGGGGCACCCAUGUUGCGUGCUACCAGCAACGGCGCAAUUUCCCUCAUCCUACAGCUGGCUAGCUACAGUACGGGUACAGUCGCAUCUGUUCCAUCUAUAUCAACACCCUCUUGGUGCGGUACUCUGCUAUUCGAAACCGCCAGGAAACAUUUCCCUUCCAUUGGCCAUAAUUGGCCUGACGAUCACAGCAACAACUAAGUCAUCAUGUCGGGUUACACUCUGAUUCAAGAACAGGCGUUAGCCAUUGUUCCCAAGGUCAUGUCUUCUAUCUCGAUCCCCUGCAGUAUUUUCAUCAUACAUGAGGUAUAUUGCGACUAUAAAACGAGAGGCACAACGCCGGUCCAACGAGCCUUGGUUGGAAUGAGUACAGUAGACAUUCUUGCUUCCUCAGCUUGGUUCCUGUCCACCUGGGCAGUUCCCAGGGGAUCAUUUGCCUUUGCCACAGGAAACAGGACAUCCUGCAACUUUCAAGGUUUCCUGCUGCAACUGGCCAUUGGUGCUCCUCUCUACAAUUGUUCUCUGGCUCUGUUUUACUUGCUAAUGAUCAAACAAAGAUGGACCGACGACCAGCUGGCAAGAAUAGAAUGGUGGGUUCAUGCCUUCAUCCUGUCCUUUACAAUUGGAACCUCCAUCCUCCUGCUACAAAUCGAACAAUACAAUCAUAUUGGAGCAGUAUGUUGGGUGAUUGGAGAACCCGCUGGUUGUGGCAAUAGCAGCUAUCAAGGCAGUGAUGUGCCCUGUGAACGAGGAAACUAUGCUUGGGCAUGGGGGCUUGCCCUGUUCUAUGGGCCACUUUGGGUCUGUGUGAUAGGGUGUGCCAGCGCUAUGGUUAUCCUGUAUUUGGAAGUCAGAAAGACCCACACCAGAUCCAGAAGUUAUUCUGUUGCAAUUGGAAUGCAACACAAUCUCAGUAGGAGUGGGUCUGAUUCUUCAAGAGUGGCCAUACAGGCUAUUCUAUAUUGCCUGUCCUUUGUUAUAACAUGGAUGCCAUCAACCCUCUGGUCCAUUGCACAUUGGUUUAGUUGGGGCCACUAUGGGCUUGACAUGGCAGCAGCUUCAGCAGAACCGCUGCAAGGGAUGUGGAACAUGUUGAUCUUCCUCAAGGCCAGGCCCAAGAGUGUGCACAAGAUUAAGCAAAUACUGUCAACGAUCCUCCCCUGCAUUUUCAGUGCCCCGUCGGACGAAUAUUAUGACCCUUACUUGAGUUUUUCCACCGGUCUGCGUCGUGGUCGGUUUGCCCAUUCGCGAGCGUCCUCCAGUCGAUUUGGUACUGUUGCCUCUGCAAAUUCGAAUCUUUCGGGCAACUUCUCCUCCGGUCUCAUGGGCAAUCACUCCUCCGGGCACUUUGCUAUUGCAGAGGAAAACAAAAAGCAAGCGCACAGAAACACUGCCUCCACUGAAGCUCUCGAUGAUCUCAAAGAGGCAUCGGUUAGGGAUCUAGACUGCGACAUCUCUGGGUUCGGCGAAGACAGAGAAGAAAAACUCGACUCCUCGAGGGAUUGUGAAGCAAAGGAUAUUAUAAUACCUGUGGAUUGCAUGCUGCAACUGGCAACGACGAUGAGUGACGAUGAAUCACAAGAUCAAUGUACCGAGGAGGUUCGUCAGUGCUCCUCACUUUCUGAUCAUCACAACGAAUGCUCAGUGCGUGCCCAAGAUGAUGCAGUAGCGGUAUCGGAGUCAUCUGGCGACCUUACGAGCGAGCAGGUGACGACGCGUUCCGUGGAUGUGGAAUCUCGGAAUGAAGAAUUCCCCGAAGCGCAGGAUGAGGAUGGAUCUGUCUUUGCGGACGAAACUGACGAUGAUGCAUUGAACGAACGAGGUCUGGGUGGUGAUGCACUGGAUCGAGAGGAUCCUGGAGGUAGCGAGGGACGCGGCUACGGUGCAGAAUCCGUCGAGAGUGAAUGCACGAAAGUUGGAGCGACGCUCGCCCCUUGAAAGUCGCCCAGGCCAUCCUUGAGCAAACAGCAGACGAUUGUAUAUUGCUAUUGUAUAACUAUGUCAUGCUGUGUAAUAUUUUUUGUUUGUGACGGAAGAAAGCCUAGCUAAGCCACGUGCUACACUGAAGA